AUGGCGACACACCGCACCUCCGCAGGACACAGUCGACGCGAGGCUCAAGUGAUCGAAGUUCCUGUUGGUGACUUCAUCCGCAAGAAUGAGAUUGGUAAGGGCAGUUUCGCUACUGUCUACCUCGCCUCUCACAGGGUAUGCAACUCAGAUCUUCUGUCCUCAUUAGAUCUUCUGGCUAACUCACAUAACAGANAGCGCAAGUCGUACGCUGCUAUCAAGUCAGUCGUCACAGGAAAGUUGACGGGAAAGUUGAGAGAGAAUCUCAACUCCGAGAUCAACAUCCUGAGGAAAUUGCAGCACCCUCACAUUGUUGCCUUGUUCGAAUGUGUCGACACCCCGCAGCACAUCCAUCUGGUCAUGGAGUACUGUCAAAUGUCGGAUCUGGCUGCGUUCAUGAAAGGUAGAGCCCGGAUUGCUACACUGCCUGAGACGCGCGAUAUCUUCCAGAGAUACCCAAAUCCGACUAACGGCGGUUUGCAUGAAGUCCUGGCUCGUCAUUUCCUCAAGCAGAUUGCCAGUGCACUUCAGUACCUGCGCAAAUACAACCUGAUCCAUCGCGACAUCAAACCGCAGAACAUGUUGCUUAACCCGCCACCAACGUACAUGCAGAAACAAAAGCCAGAGGACGUGCCCUUAGCAGCAAGCGAAAAUUCACUCAUCCCUGCUGUCGGUGUGGCUUCUUUGCCCAUGCUGAAGCUUGCCGACUUUGGUUUUGCUCGUCAUCUUGCCAGUACUUCGCUCGCCGAAACUCUUUGUGGCUCCCNNCCCUUAUAUAUGGCCCCAGAGAUUUUGGCUUACCAGAAGUACGACGCAAAGGCAGACCUGUGGUCCGUAGGUACUGUGGCCUACGAAAUGGUGGCUGGAAGGCCUCCUUUCAAGGCCACCAACCACGUUGAGCUGCUUCGCAAGAUUGAUCAAGCACAGGACGUGAUCCAGUUUCCUGCUGGUUUGGUUGUUUCUCGGGAGUUCAAGGACACGAUCAAAUCUCUUCUGAAAAGACAACCUACACAGCGCGUUAGCUUUGAACGAUUCUUUGGAAGUUCUACCAUCGUCGGCGAGAUCCCAGAUCUUGUUGAGGAGGACAAACCACGUGUCGCCGACGCGUCUGACUCUGACAUCGCCAUGUCCGCAUUGAGUCUUCGCCUGCAGCAGCAGUCCAUAAACAGUCCUGAGCAAGAAAUUGACAGAGCUGGUAGCGGACAAACUGUUCGUGAUCCCUUUUCAGGCAUGGCUAGAAAGCCCACAGCUGCGAUUGCUUCGCCAAGCGUUGAGCCUACUAAGAGACCUGAGAUGCCUAUCAACCGUCGGCAGACUGAAGCAGCUGUUCCUUCAGUCGAACCGAAGCGUCACGCUGUCCAAACGGAGCAAAAACGACCACCACUGGUCCCGACUGCGACUGCUCCCUCGCGCCAAGAGCUGCAGCACGUAGCCCCUACCAACCAAGGCAGGGCUAGUAACCCACGUUAUGUUCCGUCUCCCAGUUCCUCGGCUCCUCAGACUUCACCCAUGCAUGACAAGAUCUCUCAAGAGUCGCGCGAUACGAACACAGCUCAUGACUUGACAUUUGAGAAAGAGUAUGUUAUGGUUGAGAAGAAAGCUGUCGAAGUGAACGCCUUUGCCGAUGAGCUCGCGGAUCGCAACAGACAACCAGAGAAUCACGCGAGUGGUAUGACUCGUCGUGCGACGGCUCCGGGAGUGCCUGGCGCAAACGUCGUAUCGAACGUGUUGAAGACGGUUUCUGGCAGACAGACAGGCACACUUCAUGGUCGUCGUCCUUCUUUCGAACAACGUGGACAGGCUCCCUCGCCCACAGACUACCUAUCGCGAGCUUUGAGCGCUGCCAACAACCGUAUUCGCCAGGCAAUAAUCGGACAGCCACAGGGUAUUUCGCCACCUCAAGGAUAUGCUGGCUUUCCUGCAUCUUCAGCACCCNCUCUGCAGUUGACGAUGGGCGAUGGAAGAAGCUCGCCGAGCAACAUUGACGAAGACACUCGAAUGCUUCAAAUCGUUGAGGAAGGCGCAACUCGUAGUGAUGUCGUCUACGGAUUCGCAGAAGUCAAGUACAGACAAUUGCUUCCUGCAACUCCUUCUGCAGAAGAGAGAAACACAAUUCGUCAGAUCAGUGCCUUGGAACAGCCUCUCAACACUGGCGAGGACGCCGACAACCAAGAUCUCACACAGGUCGCGAUCGUGGCAGUGGCAGAGGAAGCAUUUGUCCUAUACGUCAAGGCGUUGGCCAUCCUGGUGAAGACUAUCAACCUCGUGAAGUACUGGUGGGAUCGUCAGCGCAGGAUCGACACUCCACCUGGAUCACUUCCAUCGAGACUCGGCGAAGUUAGGCAAAGUUCUUUCGAAAUGAACAAGAAGAUGAACAACGUUGUUCAGUGGGCUCGCACACGCUUCAACGAGAGUCUCGAGAAGUCCGAGUUGGUCGGGCGCCGUUUGAUCGAAGCUCAGAAGCAGCUCCCGAUUAGUCAUCCAGGACAUCCCGACAAUCAUGGCCAUUUACAAUCUUCAGGAUCUGGCAACACUUUGACCGCGGCUAUUGAUCACAUUCAACUGACUAGCGGCGUCACGGCUGAGAAGCUGAUGUUUGAUCGCGCUCUUGAGAUGAGUCGUGCUGCUGCGGUCAACGAGCUUGUGGGAACCGACUUUGGCGGCUGCGAACUCAGUUACAUCACAUCGAUCAUGCUCCUGGAAGCCGUCCUCGAGAAUGACGAUGAGCCUCUACUCUCGAGACCAAGCUCGCACAAGGCUAGAGCGGGCAACGCAAACGCCACCAUCAACGGCAUGGAAUCUGAGGACCGCGAUGCGGUUCUCAAGUGUAAGUUCUGCAAAGACGACUUGGCCCUGAUCCGUACUGACUCUCUCUUUCUAGUAAUUGAAGGCACUCGGGGCAGACUUGAUUGUCUCCGCCGUAAAAUCAGGCAGCAGGCCUUGUCGAAGCAGACCACACCGACAUCCACGACCAGGCCUAUGGCAAGAACAUCUUCGUCGCCAGGCACAGCUAUGGGCACACCGCCAAGAUAG